AUGGCAACAGAUCUUUUAAAGGAGCAAUACAACAGCACGAAGGAGGAAAAUGAUCGAUAUGAAAAGCUGAUCAGCCAGCAGAAGGAUCGUGUGGCCUCUCUGGAUAAGGAGAUAGCUGUGUUCGAGAGCAAGAUCCAAGAGAAGUUAACACCACCAGGUGGCAUCCUGAAACACCAAGGGAAAGGCAGACGCAACAUAAAGCGCAUCCACAUCUUAGAAAACCAACUCAAACAGUACACCGUUAAGUUUGAUGAGUUGAUGUGCAGCAACAUGGAGUAUCGCCAAGACAUUGCCGUCCUGCUGCAGCAGAAAAGCAUUUUGUGCAAAAUCGAUGCGAAAUUCGACAGACAGUUGGCUGCACAGAAAAACAUCACAGAGAAACUGGGGGAGAGGGUCGUCCUCGCUUUCAACGACAGGUCAAUGGCCGAGACCAAAAUGUUGAAAGCGAAGGAGUGCAUCAAGGUGGAGACAGCGCGGUUUCUCGAGAGAAGGAGAGAGCUGGAGAGGCUCAUCACCCAAGAUACCAAACUGCUGACUUUCAUCGAGACGAAACACCAGGAAUUCCUUCCUUUGGAAGAAGAUGAAGACUCAAAGAAGAGAAAGAAGCAGCAGCACGUGGAGGCACACAGGGCGCUAGUGGAGGUCGGCGGAGAGAGAGACCUGCGUCAGAUAGACCUCAUGACUACCCAGGAUGAGCAGGAGAAUAUGGCUUAUUUCAGAUACAUCAACGAGCUGCAUUGCAAAAGGAGCAUGUUGAAGAACAAAACAGAGCAGUUGAAGAGUGAUAUCCUGUCCCUGGAAGAAGAGAACAGAGUACAUGAUGAGGACAGCCAAAUUAAAGAUCUAGAGUCUGAGUUGGAGACGUAUAGAUGUCUGUCAGAGUCCCUGCAGAAGCAGUGCGCUGAGGUUCAGAGGACUCUGGACCAGCUGAUGACUGCCAUCAGUGGCCUUUUCGAGGAGAUAACGCAAGAAGCUGUCGUCAUCAAUUCUGACAACGUUGCACACUUUAUCAGUAUCCUCGAGGAGACUAUUGGUAACCUGCUGAUCCAGGCUCAUCCGAACACGCCGUUGGCUAACUUUGACUUGCUACCAGCUGCUAAAUGCUCCACUAAGUUCACCAGCGUGGCGCUAACUAUGGCCGUCUGCCGUUUGUUGCUGAACACGUAA